AUGAUACGAACUCAGACUGGUGAUCUUGUUGGCUUAACAUCGAAUGGAGUCGAUAUUUAUUUAGGCAUUCGUUAUGGACAAGUUGUUAGCCGUUGGUCACCAGCCUCAUUAUCACGCUUUCGGAUUGGUGUAGUUAAUGCUACAGUUUUUGGACCCGUUUGCCAUCAGUAUGGUCCUCAUGGUCAACCGGAAAUAGAUGAUGAAAGUGAGGAUUGUUUGUUUCUAAAUAUUUGGGUUCCUUCGAACAGCCAUUCAUUAUUGCCAGUACGCGUGUGGAUUCAUGGAGGCGGUUACACUUCUGGUAGUGGCAAUUUCUAUGAUGGGACUGAUCUCGCUCGUUUGUCUCACUCUAUUAUUGUUACAAUCAAUUAUCGUCUCGGUAUAUUCGGCUUCUUCCCAUUACCCAAUGUCGAAACGAGGAACAUUGGUUGGCUUGAUCAGCAAUUAGCACUUCAAUGGGUGCAGAAUAAUAUUGCAUCGUUCGGUGGUAAUAAGACGAAUGUGAUGAUAUUCGGUCAAUCAGCUGGUGGAGGUUCUAUCGUCGCUCAUUUGUUGAUGCCAUCCAGCUGGCCAUUGUAUUCAUCGAUUGUGCUGCAAUCGUCAGGACCUUAUCGCUUGCUGGAAUGUCAACAGAUAGAACAGAAAAAUAGGCAAAUGCUUGAAAACUCGUUCCUCGAAUGCCAAUCGAACAUUACUUGUUUUCAAGACUUAUCUGCUCGUCAACUUAGCCAAAAACUGAAGCCACAUUGGAUAGAUUUGUGGCCUUGUGUUGGUACUGGUUCACAAUUAGAAGAGCAACCAUUAACCUUGAUUCGCAAAGGUGAAUACAACCGGAAUGCAUCCGUUCUAGUUGGAUUCAAGACAAAUGAAGGUCAAACCAGUGCGUGUCCUCUCAUUUGCGAACAUAAAAUCGAAAUUAAAAAUCUCUUAAAUUAA